AUGAAGCAUAAAAAGCUCCAUAACAUUCAAUUUUAUUUGAACGAAUGGUACGUUCGCACAUUUUAUAGAUGGCAAUUUAAUAUUACACAUCCGUUCCUCAAGUGUGACAAUGAAAGGCGAAAGCAAGAGCAUAUGUUAACACAAUUAAUUAGAAUCCCUGAGUUACCACUCUCUCCAGACCUCCAACCAACUCAGCGGUGUGCUAUGUACACAUUCAUUCAUAGCUGUGAGCCAGGCAUAGGGCACACCAUUAAAUGUGAAUACGUGAAUUGCUCCAGGAAAGCGUAUACAAUAUUAUCCAAACGAUACCUUCCAACAUGUGUACAUGCUUACAAUUCCCAUUUGUUAAGACACUGCUGUUUAUCAUCAAAUAAGUGUAACAUUACAGUAUUAUAUCAUUCUAAACAUAAAAAUAUAUUUCUAUUACAUAAUAUUCAAAGGGGACAAUACUCAUUUUAUGCAAUGAAACAAGUUAUGGGCGUAAAUAUUUAUCAAAAAUAUAUUUCCAAUUUGUUACCCCCCGCUGAGAAAUAUGAAUUAUACACUACACCAUUUGUACAUCAGAAUAUAGCACUAAUAUUGAAUAGUCUAAAAUUGAAGAAUUCACAGAAAUCUUCAUUUAAAUGA